CUGUGGGAAAAGUACUUGGUGUGAACGCCCCUAAUGAGUCUCUUUCACAAAUCUUCACCUGCUUCACAAAAGCAGAACUGUGAGGAGGAUGUUUCUCAACUCUUACUUCCUGACUUUACUUUCAGUUCCUUUCCAUCCGCACCAUGCGAUCACUCUUCAUUGUAAUUACUGGAAUUAAUGUUGUCUAAAUCAGGUACGAACAUGCAUUGUUUUGCGAAUAUUUUAGUUUUGUGUGAAUUUAGUUUUGAUACGUAAACUGAGCUUCAUCAUUCUGUUGUUUUUAGAAACAUCAAUCGAGGUAUGAAAGCUUCUGUGUCCUCAAGCUAUCUUUUGGGUGAAUCACCUUCCUGAUUGACUUGUUCUUCUGUUAUUUCCAAUGUGUAUGUUUCUUUAUAUCUUGAAUGUUUAAAACUCUGACAAACUCUGUAAGUAAUCUUGUUUAAUUAAUGUUUUUUAUACAAAUAGGCUAAUUAUGAUGGAAGCAGCAGAGAGCUUCUUGAAUACGGAUUGUUAUGCAUUUUUUUUUGUAUAGAUAAUGGAGCCAAUUAAUUCACUUGAGACUGCCGACAUUCAGCCACUCUCUCCCUCUGUUCCUGUUCCUCCCACCCUGAGAGAUGGAGAGAGUUACCAUGUCUUCAUUAGCUACAGCAGCACUGACUACCAGUGGACCCACUGCCUCAUCGACCAGCUGGAGGCCUGCGGCCUGCAGGUCUGCUACCAUGAGCGAGACUUCACUCCCGGCCGCACCGUGUUGGAAAACAUGUCCGACUGCAUCCAGGAGAGCCAGAAGGUCCUGCUGGUUCUCAGCCCAGAGUUUGUGAGGAGCCGCUGGUGUCUCCUGGAGGCCAACAUGUCUUUGUUCAGAGACUGCCUGGAGAGGAAGCCCAUCGUCCCAGUGCUGCUGGAGCCAGGAGUCUCCGUUCCUCUCCACCUCUGCCACCUCACCUACCUCGAGGCCAACGACCCCGACUUCAAGAAUAAGCUGCUCAAGGUGCUCUGCACACCCAACCAGCAGCUUCAAGGGUCCACUGUGCUGCCCUUUCAUCCUCCCUCCAUCUACAACGGGAAGGCCUUGCAGCCGUUGGAUGCUGUAAAUGAAGACAGUCUCAGUAAAUGGGAUUGUGGUCAGUUCAGUGACAUGGAGGUACCAGACCAGCUGCGCCUGAUCAUUGAGGACCAAGAGAAGUACAGAAAGGCUGUGAGGAUGGUCAACAGUGUGUCUCAAAAUAAAGUUUGGUUCCGCCCCGUCUGGGUUAGAGUUUUAAUUUACCUUUUUGGCCUAAUAUUUAUUUUCCUGAUGGCUUCAUUCAAUACAUUUUCAACGGCUAUAUUUUUCCAAGUCGUUUCAAAGGUAUUCAGAGACUCUGUUGUAGCAUCUGUGCUUUUUCUUUUGAGCUUUUUCUUGGUUCCAUUGGGAUUGUUUAUUCAUAUCUGUCUCUGGAAGAAUGAUGAUGAAAAGUACAUAGUGAGGGAAAUGAAAAAAGCUAUUGGCCAAGCAAACAUCAUCCUCUCUGAGGAGAAAGUGUUAAUGGGCCGUCGGUCCAACUCAAAAAUCUCUCUGGUGUAUGUUUCUCUGAACGGUUGCAAACAUGAGUUUUCAGAAACGUUUUCCGAUCAGGUUUGUGCUGAAGAAAUGUUUCAAAAAGCUCUGCUGUACUUCUCAUCAGGUUACGCCUGCUGCCUUGCUCAAAGACACUUCCCCUUUCCUCAGCCCAGCUCCACCGGUCACCUGGAGGGAGGGGUGUGUUUCUGUCAGUAUGUGUCCCAGCAGCUGAGUGUGGACCAAUGGGAGUAGCAGUGUCCACAUGUGUGACCUAACUAUUUAAUAAUAACUGGAUCAUCAUGAAAUGUCUGCAUUAUUAUAAGACACUUAGUUCCACUGAAGGCACAGCGACUUUAUUCAUGUUAGCCCUCAGAUAUCAGAAUGAGUCUCUUUCACAAACCUUCACCUUCUGCUUCACAAAAGCAUGAACUGUGAGGAAGAUUUUUCUCAUCUCUUACUUCCUGACUUUAUUUUCAGUUCAUCGAUCACUCUUCAUUGUAUUUGUUGGAUUUAAUGUUGUCUAAAUCAGGUACGAACAUG